GACAUGCCAGCCGCGAGAAGAGACGUUCGUGGCACCGUUUGGUUCGGACGAACUCGGCCGCCUGCGGUCUCUACGCAACAUGCAGCGAUGUGCACUACCUCGGAUUACGUCCCAAGCAACCAGGCGUUUAUUCGUGCCACUCCCGGGUUGAAUUGUCUACCACCCCAGCACUCCACUCCCAAUCCGGCUCCACGCGAAAUCCUAGCCCGAAGUCCUUGGGAGAUAUAUGAGGCUUGUUCCGCAAUCAACUAUGGCCGAACCAUGAUGCAGGCCGUGGAGCGAUCGACAAUCGAGAUUUAUGUCCGGAUGAUCGAUCGCCUCGCUCAUUGCCGCAGUCCUCGACUUCUGAGUGUCUUCCAAUACGCAGAACAAUAUCUUCUCGUUCAGGUGAUCAUGCGCCACAUCCCCGAAAGGGAAGAGGCUCAGAAUUUGUGGCCUGAGCGCGCCGCUCCUCAGUGUCUUCGAUUCCUACGUGAUGAAUCAGGGGAAUUGGAGGGCGAAUUAAAGAUCGCUGGCGCGUUGAAAUCUACCUUCAAGGCUCUCCGGUUGAUAGUCCACGAGAUAGUGGAGGAACAUGGCUCCGGAUUCUCCUGGAGCUCCGAGCUCCGAGCUUUCAAAUCAGCCCUAGCGAGAAGCACCUCUGGGCAAUGCUUAGAUGACAUCAUGCGGCGGCGGAUCAGCAAGCACGCCUUUUUUGAACAAGUGGCCGGGGCGGGAGGCCUAAAGCUACUGGUAGAGCUGGUGAAAGGAACGGUUUUCCACGAAGUUAUCGUUCGGCGCGAGGGCGCUUUUUCCAGAGCUGGGGCACGAGGAAAACCUCUGAGACCGUCUACGACAUAGCUGGUGCUGAGGUCAAACUGAUGUAGGCCGUUACGUGGCAUGAGAUGCUGGAUACGGGUGUCCCGGUGCAUCUCACUUGCUGCCGUGAUCGCCAAAGAGUAUGCCUGCCUAGUACCCAGCGUAUAUCGACCACUCAAACCUCUAUGUAGAUCCUACAUAUCUGAGGGAUAAUAUUGCGGAACUCAAGCCUAAUUGAUGUCUGGUAGUGCUGUGAAACUAGGAAUAAGGAUGCAGCAUUUAUUGCUUACGACGAGUUACCAACCAACUGUUCAUGAAGGAAGUGCAUGACGACAUAAAGGACGCUGUCAGCUUGAAUGAUUGCUAAACGUUUGCUGCGAAAACUUCACUCACAAACAUGCCUAGAUGAUGGUGGAUGCCAUCGGAUCCAGACCGGUCAGAGUAAUACAAGAUCGUUUCUGGCUUUUUUGUUCACAACAUGGACGCACAGCUUUAGAUCUCUUUCGUCCGUUGCUGCUUCGAGAAAUGUAUCCUAGGACUCUGUUACCAACUAUUGCUCCAUCUCUUAGCUGCCCCACUUACCUGCAUCAACUCAUCCAAAGACUUGGUGGUCAAGUUUUCAAGGAAG